AAUUAAAUUCAUACCUAAUUCUGCUAAACAACAAAGUAGUAAAUGUGGUGCAGCUGAUGAGUUAACAAUCGUUCUCCUAGAACAUGGUUACUGAAAUGCAGGGUUAUUGCAUGAAUUUGUCUGUUUUAUUUGUCUGUGUAAUAAGAACCUGUACGUAAUAAGUAUAAGUUGCCAUUGUCAGUGCCAAAGCACGACCAUGGAGCUGAGAUUUGUAACAAAUUCCGAAUCCCAGAGUGACCUUUUACGUUCGGAAUCCAAGUUCUCUGUGGUGUCGGCUAAUUCCACUUUCGCUGCAGAUGAUGAAAGGUCCAUCACUGCGUUAUUAGACAGCUGGGAGCUGGUCACUAUAAACGUCGGCGGCGUCCGCUACCAAACAUACGAAAGGACACUGGCGCGAUUUCCUGACUCGCUUUUGGGCAGUCCCAAACGUCGAGCGGAAUUUUAUAACAAUGCACUACAAGAAUAUUUCUUCGAUCGCGAUCGUUUAGCAUUUGAUGCCAUUCUGGAGUGCUACAGGUCGGGAAGAAUAGUACGCAGCCCUUUAGUGCCCAUCCACCUUUUCGUGCGCGAAUUGCUGUUCUACGAUCUUGGCGAUGAGCUGGUCAAGGAUUUUCUGCGAGAGGAAGAACUUUUGGAUGAACCAGUAGAACUACCGACGAAUCCCAAUCACAGGUUCUUUUACGACCUUUUGAAUACGCCGGAAAGCUCCUUUGCGGCAAAGAUCAUUGCGGUACUGGAUAUUCUGGUCGUCGCUUUAGCCAUCGUAUCGAUGUCCAUCAGCAGCUUACCGGAGUAUCAAGACUUUCUAUUUUUUCCCAACGGAACAGUUGUGGAGCAAUCCAACGCUUACGUCAUCAACAGCUUCACUAAUCCAUUCUUUUGCAUUGAAAUUGCCUGUAACAACUGGUUUCUUAUGGAUAUCAUCAUUCGCUUAGUUGUUGCGCCCAACAAGAGAUCAUUUUUCUGCAAUUUUAUGGUAUUUGCGGAUAUCGUUUCCAUUCUCCCGUUCUUCCUGGAUUUGAUUGUCUCAUACGCUACCAACGAAGUGUACAAUGCCGGUUCCAUUCAGUUUCUCGUGGCAUUUCGAAUCCUUCGGUUGUUUCGCAUGUUCCGAAUAUUUAAAAUGGAUGAAUAUUCUGAUGGCCUGGCUGUUCUUACCAACACCGUGAAAACUGCCCACCGGGAACUGGGCAUAAUGGCGUUAUUCUUAAUUACGGGCAUGAUCUUUUUCGGUGCGAGUAUAUAUUACGCCGAACGUGGAGUGCCCAUCACUGAUUACACUAGUAUACCGGCAUCAUUUUGGUGGGCCGUGAUCACGUGGACGACCAUCGGAUACGGCGAUGCUUACCCAAGAACCGGAAGUGGGAAGGUUGUUGGAUGUGUUUGUGCCGUGACGGGAGUGUUGUGUUUAGGCCUGAUAAUCCCGCCAGUAGUGCGAAGAUUCGAACAUUUCUUCUAUCGUGUGCAGAAUAUGAAGGAUAUCGAAACAGUUUUCAAAGAACACCGCAUAUACAUAUUGGAACGCCGAGAAUCAAUCCGGCGGCAAUCAUUUGCAGCGGCCGGCAUCCGUAACCAAAAUUAAUCUGCUAACAAUAAUUGAACAACUAUACUUCUAGCUUACUAGCAGACCUUUGUGUGUGCGAGAAAUUGUACAAUAUCAUAACAUAUUCGUUGACUGAUGCUACUCAUUGUAAGCUUUGUAUACGGUUAAUUGCAAAUCUGACCUUAUUAUUAGUACUGAUUGCAACAAUUUUGUGAAAUAUUAAGAAACAAUAAUUUUAUGAA